AUGGCGCGCAGCUCACGGAGCGCCAGCAAGCGCUCGACAUGGAGCAUCGCGUUCUACCUCCUCAUGGUCCUUGUCGCCGGCUUGAUGCUGGCGAAGACCGCUCGCGCUGAGGACCAGGAGCCCCUCGCCGAAGACAGCAACGCCAUCUCCGGCCCCGUUAUUGGUAUCGAUCUUGGAACCACUUACUCCUGUGUUGGUAUCAUGAAGAACGGAAAGGUCGAGAUCAUGGUCAACGACCAGGGUAACCGUAUCACACCUUCCUGGGUCGCUUUCACCGACGACGAGCGUCUUGUUGGUGACGCCGCCAAGAACCAGUUCGCCAGCAACCCUCACCGCACCGUCUUCGAUGUCAAGCGUCUCAUCGGCCAGAAAUUCAGCGACAAGUCUGUCCAGAACGACAUCAAGCACUUCCCCUUCAAGGUCGUCAACAAGGGUGGCCAGCCUCGCGUCAGCGUCGAGGUCCACAAGGAGGAGACCACGUUCACGCCUGAGGAGAUCUCGGCCAUGGUCCUCGGCAAGAUGAAGGAGGUUGCGGAGAGCUACCUCGGCGAGCCCGUCAAGAACGCCGUCGUCACUGUCCCCGCCUACUUCAACGACGCCCAGCGCGCUGCCACCAAGGACGCCGGUACCAUUGCCGGACUCAACGUUCUCCGUGUCGUCAACGAGCCCACCGCCGCCGCUCUCGCCUACGGCCUUGACAAGACGGACCAGCCCGAACGCCAGGUUCUCGUCUACGAUCUCGGUGGCGGUACUUUCGAUGUUUCCAUCCUCACCAUCGAGGACGGCGUUUUCGAGGUCCAGUCUACCGCUGGUGACACUCACCUUGGUGGUGAGGAUUUCGACAACCGCAUCAUCAGCUACUUCACCAAGAAGUACAACAAGGAGAACGACGUCGACAUCACCAAGGACGCUAAGACCAUGGGUAAGCUCAAGCGCGAGGUUGAGAAGGCCAAGCGCACUCUCUCUUCCCAGAAGACCACCAAGAUCGAAAUCGAGUCUUUCUACAAGGGCAACGAUUUCUCCGAGACCCUCACCCGCGCCAAGUUCGAGGAGCUGAACAACGACCUGUUCAAGAAGACCCUCAAGCCUGUCGAGCAGGUCCUCAAGGACGCCAAGCUGAAGAAGAGCGACAUCGAUGACAUUGUCCUUGUUGGUGGCUCCACCCGUAUCCCCAAGGUUCAGCAGAUGCUCGAGGAGUACUUCGGAAAGAAGGCCCGCAAGGACGUCAACCCCGACGAGGCUGUCGCUUUCGGUGCCGCCGUCCAGGGUGGCAUUCUCGCUGGUGACACCACCACGGAGGGUCUGAUUCUUAUGGAUGUCAACCCGCUCACUCUCGGUAUCGAGACCACUGGCGGCGUCAUGACCCACCUCAUCAAGCGCGGUACCACUAUCCCCACCAAGAAGAGCCAGAUCUUUUCCACGGCCGCCGACAACCAACCCGUCGUCCUCAUCCAGGUCUUCGAAGGCGAGCGCUCCAUGACUAAAGACAACAACAACCUCGGAAAGUUCGAGCUCACCAACAUCCCCCCCGCUCCCCGUGGAGUCCCCCAGAUCGAGGUCACUUUCGAGCUUGACGCCAACGGUAUCCUCAAGGUCUCCGCCGUCGACAAGGCGACUGGCAAGGGCGAGAGCAUCACCAUCACCAACGACAAGGGCCGUCUCACGACCGAGGACAUUGAGCGCAUGGUCGAGGAGGCCGAGAAGUACGCCGAGGAGGACAAGGCCAACCGCGAGCGCAUUGAGUCUCGCAACAAGCUCGAGAACUACGCCUACAGCCUCAAGAACCAGGUCAAUGACAAGGAGGGUCUUGGUGGUAAGCUCGAGGAGGACGACAAGGAGUCUCUUCUCGAGGCCGUCAAGGAGACCCAGGACUGGCUUGAGGAGAACCAGCAGUCUGCCGUCGCCGAGGACUUUGACGAGCAGUUCCAGAAGCUGUCUGACGUCGCCUACCCCAUCACCUCCAAGCUUUACGGCUCGGCUGGUGGCGCUGACGACGAGGAGCCUGGUCACGACGAGUUGUAG